UUUUAUGUGGUCUUCGACGUUCGAUAUAUGGCCUGGUUUGGCCGUUUUACUUCGUUUGUAAGUUCCUGCCAUCCGAGGUUCUAUGUUUAAGGAUAUUCGAUCAAGAUUGGACGCUUCAAUAUCAAGGAACGUUUUUCUUUUUUUAUUCUGUCGAAUAUAAUUUCUGCAUGUAAAUAUGACACGAAAUCAUUAAUUUUGUUGCGAUGAAAGGCCGCCGAUUUGCGAAAGGUGUUGAAGAAUGGUCCAAAGCUGGAUCAUUCGUUCGAAAACCGGAGAAGGGUUGGCUUCAUUCUGAUCAAUCUAUUAAGGAUGGAGGAGUUUGUUAUGCUUUGAAGUAUUUGGGAUGCAUUGAAGUUCUCAAGUCCAUGCGCACUUUACAAUACGAUGUGAGGCAGCAAGUCACCAAAGAAGCACUGUAUCGAUGCUGCGAAGCCAACGGCUAUAAAUUUCAAAGAAGAAAAAAGGCAAAAAAAAAUAUUACCGAUCUCCUGGCAGAUCAUCCUCGCACAGUCCACAGUGGGACGAUUAUCAGUCUGACAGUAUCCAUUUCUGGUAUCGUGCUCACGGAGAUGUCAAGCGGUGGAACACUUGCUAAGCAUGAUAUGCAAGGGAUAUCAUUUGCUAGUGGCGGGGAAAAGGAUUGUCCUGAUAUCGUUGGUUAUGUUGCCAAGGAUGCCAAAACCAGACGAGCAUGCCAUGUAUUGGAUUGUCCUCAAAAUCUUGCGUAUGAUGUUAUCAAUACAAUUGGUCAAGCGUUCGAGUUGCGUUAUAAAAUGUUUCUUGACAAUCCUCCGGAGCUAUUGCCUGUUCCAAAAAGAUUCGAAGGAGAUAUUUUUGAUGAUGAACAACAGUCUGAAAGAUUGGAUUUUGGUGAGCCACACUACGAUGAAGCAAGGGAAGAGUCUCCGGAUGAAUUUGCGGACGUGGAUUCUGACGAGUUUGAUGACGUUCAUGAAUACGACAAUCCGACCGAGGAAAAGGUCGUCGAUCAGCGUAUUCAUGAGGACAUGCGAAAUUAUCAACGUCCGAUGUCGCAGCCUCUUGAAAUGUCUAACUACGAUACUCCUCAUUCGACCAUCGAAACGCAGUCGUUGAGAAAAACGGACAUCUCCAUGGAAUUUGCGAUCGGCACACAAUUUGACGCAGCUGCAAACCACCUGCGCCCAAGUGCGCCUUCUUAUGAUAGUCCUCUUGCGUCUGUACAUACUGUUGAUAAUCUUUCGUUUUACGAAACUCCUGGUGCGACAGUCAAUGGAACGAAAAGAAAAGAGGACAAUGGAGUUCCACCCAGUUCUAAAUGGGAAACUUUUGAUGACGAAGCGGCUUGUAAUAACGAGCCCACAGGAGCCCCAAUUCCCAUGCCUAGGAGGAUACCAUCAGAGCCUGUGCCAUCUGACAUAUCUAACCGCGCAGAUCAUGAUGCGUUGGAAUAUUCUGUACCAUUACACAAGAAACAUGAAGACCCAAGUACAAGACGCACACCGCCACCUUUACCUAAACCUUACGAAAAAAAGAAUGAAAAUAUUACAACGGAACCCCAUCCGACUAUGGAGAAUCAUCAUACUACUGGCGAGCCUCUCCGGCCAGCUCCUAAGGCUACACAUCCAGACGUGCCGUUACCACCCCUUCCGAAAGAUGUUUCUACGUCAUCGACGCAUAACGAUUUAUCUCGUCAAGAAUGGUUUCAUGGUCCCAUAACAAGACAGGAGGCUGAAAAUCUCAUGAUCAAGGAUGGUGACUUUUUGGUGCGGGAGAGCACUACGAAUCCUGGACAAUACGUUCUUACUGGUUUGCAGAAUGGUUAUCCUAAGCACUUGCUGUUGAUUGACCCAGCUGGAAAGGUACGAACGAAGCACCAUACUUUCGAUAGCGUUGAACAUCUUGUCAGCUACCAUCGUGAAAAAAAAAUUCCCAUCAUUUCGUCCGGAAGCGUUUUAUUACUACGUCAGCCUGUUAACAAAAACAGUUCCUUUUUGCCAGGCUAUGAUUUGCCAGUGUAGUAAGGAAGUAUAAUUUUUGCGAAAGAAUGAAGACUGUUUUAUGUAUGUAUAAAGUUUGAGUCUUGGUGCGCCAGAAAAAUUGCCUGCAGUUUUAAAGCUGCAGAAACAGAUAUGAAUUAAAACACUGACGCAAUUAGCUUUACUGUUCGUAAAUGCGGCUUAAUGAAGCAAUACUCAACCCGCCUCUCCAUCCCGACAUUUUCAAAAUAUGUGAAAUUUCCUAAAAUUAAAACACGAGACAGCAAUAGCUAAUUUGUGUCAGUAUUUUCAUUUAGAACUGUAAGCGUUUGCUCUGUCUCUUUUUAAGCAAUCGUGAUUUAAUAAUUUCGCACUUAACGAGUUUUUGAAUUUCAAAUUCCGUGCACAACUUUGAAGUUUUAUCACGCUUGUCUCAAACUAGCGACCAGAAUACAAAACUUCACAAAAACAACACACACAUGAACUCGAUCUAAAGUAUAUCUCACACUUCCGAAACAAAGCAUGCAAAGCACCUUAUUAACAAUUUUACUUUUGGAAACGCUUUAUGUUUGUUUUUGUAGAAUAUUUGUAGUUUUUUCUUUGGAUAAUCUUUAAAUGCCAUUUAUACUUUGCUCGAAUAUCGGGCUGCGUGGUCUAAAUUUUGAUUCCACACAUUUGACCAUCCUCAUUUUUUUUAUUUCAUCAAAUGUUGGUUUUUAAACGAAUAGUGAAUUGCAAUUCAAUAUUUAAAGUAUGUUGCUGUUAUGGGUUUUUUUUAAAUUUUCAUCCUAAUGUUUUUCGAUUCUUAUUAAAUGAACUAGUAUGGUUUACCUUCGGCAUUAGUUGACAAAAACAUGCAUGAGUUUACUAUCGCUCGGUCAGUGAUAUUGUAGCUAUAGGCUUUAAUAGGAAUAACUGUAUCUAUAAUUUCGAUUAAAUGUUUGAAAGACUGAUAUGUUAAGAAAAUACAAUGUAAAAGCUAGUCUUUUAAAGUCUGAUACUUCGAGACAACUUUUUAGUCUCAUAAUUUAAUACACAACAGAAUAUUUUUAAUAUAUAUACUUGUAGAACAAUAAAGCAGUAAAUGUUGAAGCAAUUUAAAA